AUGCCGUACGUUCCUCCUCACAUGCGAGCUGGUGCAUCGAUUUCCGGCUCCGAACCUCCUCCCCGGACGACGCCAGCAGGUCGAGGUCAUGCAGGCUCGGAAAUAAUCGACGAUUAUGCGGAGCGAGAAUCGUCCGUUAUUGGAACAUCUUGCAACAGCAACUGUGUUUGUAACGGAGGAAAAGGUCGCUGCAACCGGAUGCUCCUCAGAUUCCAACCGUUCAAAGGGAGGAGCUACCUGCAUCUACAGGAUCAGAAUCUCUCCCUUCUAACGAGAGUUUCAGAAGCUGAGUACGACCAUGUCGAAUCACCCGAUAUCGAGAGCAACCAGACGAGUGGAUAUUCUCCUUCCGCCUCCUCUCAAUCCUCUGCAGCCGUACCCCCGUCUGUGGAUUCGCGUUCAGAUGCCUCACCUGAUGCAUCCGCCUCUCAGUCAGAUCCCUCCGUGUCCUCUCCUUCCCCCAUCGCGACCCCGACCUCCUUGUUUGACGCCAUAUCUGAGCCGCUUCGCGCGGGGUUGGAGGCGGUAUACAGGGAGAUGGAGUUUGCCGCCCGGUCACAGCUAAGGCGGUCCACUGUGGACCGAUGCAAGCUCGUCGUGCGCCUCGGGAAGCUGCUGUUCGCCCCGCCAUUCGGAUCGCCAGAGUCGCUCCUCCCCAGCCUGUCGCCCUUCACAGCGGGCGAGUUGGAGUCGACUCUAAACAGGCGCGUGCAGCGCCUGCCAACCAGGGUGCACCGGUCGCUGGAGACAGGCAUGCCAGAGCCGCUCUUUCAAGCUGUGGAGAAUAUUGUGAUGGCGGGGGACGGGGUCAGCGCAUGCACGAGAGAGACGUACCACAUACGGGUACAAGACACAGAGCAGGUUGACACGGAGUACAAGCUGAUUUGCAAGCCUGAUCCGGAUGGCUCAGGGGUUAUCCUUGUUAAGGUGAAGCACAACCCGCUGCGCUAUGCAGUCAUCGACGUCUCUCGCCCCUCCAGAGCCAUUGACUUCCGCCUCAUGCUCUCCACCGAUACCCGCCUCUGUGCCCUUGAUGAUGCCACCCGGUCUGCAUGUGAGCGCAUAGCAUCGACAGCAAUUAUCGAGGGCAGCGCCAAGGGCGGCCUACACUGGCCUAUCACGCUCGACUUUGAUGUUUGCAUGAUGGACCCGCGUUCACCAUCCCAUACACCAUCCGCAUCAUCAGCAGCAGCUACAGCGCCAUCACACCGCUUCAGAGUGAAGAGCGUGCGGCAUCAGAAGCGGCUCAAGGUGUUUGGGGGCGGGCAGGUGUGGAAGCUGUCGCGAGUGAACGGGGUGGAGUAUGACCAUGGGGGAGGGCGGCUUACUAAUGAAGCAGAGUUCUGCCUGCUGGCCUGGCGAGAUUGCGUCAUGAAGCGCCAUGCUGUGACAGCAGAGGGUGCUGCUGUGAAUGGAUUCAGGAGGGUCAAGCUCCUGGUCCGGCUGGGCAAGCUGCUUUUCUCGGCGCAUGGAAACAGAAAUCUUCUGAUCAAGGUUCCGCCCUUCUCUGCGCAACGACUGGAGGACUACAUGAGUGGGAGUGAGCAGCAGUUGAAGCUGCCGAUUCACAGGGUGUUUGAGACGCACGUCCCUGAUAGCGUGGGUGGCGCUUUGGAGGAGAUUAUCUUGAGAGAUUCAGGUCUGGCUUGCAAGAGCAGUGAGAAAUACGAUAUUCAGUGCAUCCCUCUUGUGCCAAGCGCUAAUGUUACCUGUAAAUUUCAGGUGCUUGAUACCUGGUCGCGAGUUAUCUACAGAGCAAGCUGCAUAUAUGAUGCUGAGAAGCAACGCCUUUUCAUAAAGGUGAAGAAGUUUCCGGUUCGCUAUGGAGUCUUUGAAAUCGCACGGCCAGGCAAGGCCCUGGAUGUUCGUUUGAUCCUGGCCGUUGAGACACAUUUGCCAACUCUAGAUGAGACGCUGGGUGCUGCGUUUGACACAGUCCUGGAAGCAGCGCAGAUUGACCCCCAGAGCCCAGGAGGGGUGCGCAUUCCAGAGUACAUGAUUGAAGGCCAGAAGGGCUUUGACGUUGCCAGCAUGGAUUUUGACUCUAGCAGCAGUGCCUCUGAAGAUAGCAGCAGAAUUUCUAGUUCUCACAAUGUCAACGGAGUAGGUUCUGAUGUCAGCAGCAGAUUUUCAGCCAAUGGCACUGUAAAUUCCAGUGGUGGGAGCAGCAGCAGUGAAGAGAGCAGCAGAUUUCAAGUGAGAGCGGUCCGGCAUAUAACUGUGAGGAAAGUGCAGGCAGAGGGGAGGCUGUGGAAGUUCUCCCAUGUGGAUGGGAUCGAGUACAAACAGGGAGGCGGGCGGAAAACGAACAUAGUGGAGGUGUGCCCGACACUGUGGCGGCAGCAGCUCAAGGGAGACACUCGGGAGCCUGCAUGCUCCAGGGAGCAACAGCAGCACCCCACAAGGACCUCAGAGCACAUCAUUGCGGAGUGCCCUGCGCUGCUUACAUGGCUAGCUCGGAAUUUGCCGUGA